ACUUGGCUAGUUAACAGCGCGAAUGGUGCGAAUCAGAUUUGGUGCUUUAUUGUUUAAUUCAUUUUCGUUUUUUUAAUUUAGUAAAUACAUAUAAAUGGAACGUAUAUAUAAAAUGCCGACUGGAUUACCAAAUUUAUAGCAAACACGUACACAUUGAAUUUUGUUUAAUUAUUUCGAUUCGUUUAAAAGAACUAUCCACCGUUAUCGAGCUCAUAAGUGAAUGAAAUGGAAGCUAAAAUUUUCGUACUAUUUUUCGGAGUGAGUUCUUUCUUCUGUUGCAUUGGUGCCUUGGCGGAGAUACCGAAUUGUGCCUUUGAAGAUACCGUUAACUUAACCUCCAGCAAAAAAUUCAGCAAUGGCUCUUACCUCUAUGAGGGCGUAUUGGUGCCUCCUGCAUUGACCGGCCACUACGAUUAUAUUGAGCUGUACGGAGGAGAACGCCAACAGGUGACGAAACACAUUCGAGGUUGUGUGUGUCAUCUCAAGCAAUGCGUCAAAUUUUGCUGUCAUCCAAUGGCGGGAAUGUAUCGAACCAGCGAGAACUCCGACGCCCAAUGUGAUGAGAAACUAAGUGAGGAACUAACCUACUCGCCGUAUGUAAAUGUGACUUUGCGUAACAGCAGUCAGGUCUUGAUGCAUGUCUUGGACGAAUUUGUUGUGCAGCAAGGCAUUCCAUGCGGUGGAGGGUAUAUGCUGAUGCCGCAUCAAUAUGAAGAAGACCAAUGGGAAUUGUUUGAGAAUGGUACACUACUGCGUUUAGCCGAUGAGAUGGUCUUCACGAGACGCGAUUAUUGCCUGCAAGCAUAUGAAGCGGACGGAAAAUAUGUCAUGAAUCCAAUGAACUGUCCAGUUACCUAUGAUGAGCCUUCAACCCUCAUGCUGAACACAAUCGUGAUGAUGAUAUCGGCGCCUUUUUUGUAUGCCACUAUCCUGAUCUACUCGCUUAUCCCAGAACUAUGGAACUUACACACCAAAUGCUUAAUUUGCUAUCUCUCGUCGCUGGCUAUUGGUACUACGAUGAUAGCAAUGAUCAACAUAUUGAAUUCCGACUACGUGAAUGUUAUUUGCGCUACUAUAGGGUUUGUGACGUACUAUUUCCUAUCGGCUGCCUUUUUCUGGCUGAACGUUAUCUGUUUCGAUCUUUGGCACAACUUCCGCGGCACUAAGGGCAACAUUCAGAAUCUGACUCAGCGAAAACGUUUUCUCUACUAUGCACUCUAUGCUUGGGGCGUGCCAGCGCUCAUGACUAUUCUAACAAUCGCUCUGCAGUACUCGGACCUGCCAAAUAAACUGAAGUCCGGCAUAGGACAUUCACACUGUUGGUUGAAAGUGGACGAUUGGUCCGCCAUGAUAUAUUUUCACGGACCCUGCUUAUUGUUGAUUAUUUUCAAUAUUACGAUUUUCUUCGUAACCGCCAAGAAGAUCUACAGCAUACGAAAAGAACUGCAGAAAUUCGCUCAGGGCGAAGAGAGCAGACGCCAUUUGCGCUCGCAACAAAACGAUGUCUGGCUGUUCUUCCGGAUGUUCAUUGUAAUGGGCAUCGGCUGGUUGUUGGAGAUAAUCGGCUACAUAGUUGGCGAUAGGAGUGAUUACGCCAUUAUAUUCGCACUCGCAGACAUAUACAACGCCUCGCAGGGAUUGAUUAUAUUUGUGCUAUUGGUUAUGAAGAAGAAGGUGUUGCUGCUCAUAAAGAGAAGAAUAUCGAAAUCGGAUAAUGCAUUGUACUCGUCAUUUAGGCGAACACCCAAGUCUAGCGCUUCAACCAUGGAAUUGACGAAUGUUGAAUCUCGAUGGAAACUGCAGAACUGAGGAAUAAAAAGUUUUAAACACACCAACAAAAUUAUACAAAUGCUUAAGUUUCAAGAAACCCCUAUUAUAUCUGAACUUCAAAGGCGUUUUAUGUAAUAAGAAUAUGAGCGGUGCUGUCCAUGUCGAGAAAUAAGGAGCAUUUGCUGGAAGGACGUCAUAAGCCAAAAACGAACAAAAAAUCCAUCCUUUUUUCAUACACCAUAAAAUAAGAGCUGUGGCCCUUCCACCCUGGACCAUACGAUAUACUAAUAAUAAUAAUCGAAUAUGAGCUGGUGGUAAUUUCUCCCCAUCUUAUGGGCACUUAAAAAAAUGUCAGUCCAGACAGAUGUAAAUCGUGCCACUGUUAAGAGAAAUAUAUUCAAUUAGUAAUUCCCAUAAAUAUGUUUUAAAAAUCUAAUGCACAUAAAUAACCCUGCAGAAAAAUCUACUAAUUCGAAAUUGGUAUAGUUCUAGUGAAUUAAGUACCAUGGCGCACAUAAUAAGCUGGCGAAUCCUAAUCACAUAUACCCUCGUUUCAUGUAUUUUUCCAACUGGAGUAGUGCGGAAAUAGUACUAAAUUUAACAAAUAAGUGGUAAAUUCUGCAAGUUAUAUUUAGCAUCACAAAACAAAAUAAAUAAAACAGUGAUCUAGCUAACACUGGUGUCGCUGGCUCAACGGUCGAUAAAGUAAAGCUUGGGCUUUGUAUCUGUUAGAAAAAUCUUGUGUACGCCCUUAUAAACUUAUAUUAUAUGGUUAUCGGCACUACAUCUUAUGUUCAAAUACGGCAUUGAACUGUUGAUAUCUUCCUUUGAAGAAGAAGCUCAAGGAGGAUAGAAUACGAGGUUGCGAGUCCAGAGUCC